GGCCUGAAGACAGCUGCGGUCAGCCUUUUGGUUCCUUUACGGUAGCUUCGGCCAGUCGCCUUCGUGUGGACGGUUCAUCCAAUCCUUGCGACUCUCCCACUCUUCUUUGUUUCCCUCCUCGCCCCUAGAUUCGAACGCCGCAUUCCACCACUCACAAUGUUUUCCGCAAAACCUGCCGGCGGCUUGUCCAUCAACACCAAUUCCGCCAAUUCGCUCUUUGGUGGUGCCAAUAAUGCCCAAACUUCCUCGUCCACAACAACGCCCGGGUCGACAACCACCUCCGGUCUCUUUGGGAAUCUAGGAGGCUCAACGGCGCAAUCGAAACCCGCAGGCGGUCUAUUUGGGAACACUCUGGGCGGUGGAAACACGCAGCAAACGCAGUCUGGAUCCAGCUUGUUCGGAGGCCUAGGCGGGCAGCAACAGCAGAACCAGCAGAACAACACGACUGGCGGGGGUCUGUUUGGAAAUACGACGCCAGCUGCCUCGCAACCACAAACCAACAGUCUUUUCGGAGGCACCGCGGGUGCGAACAAUACUAUGCAGAACCAGACCAAACCAGCUUUCGGUCUCGGGGGCGCUUCGACCACUGGCGGUGGGCUGCUAGGCGGUUCCACUUUGAAUAACACUCAGCAGCAGCAACAGCAGCAGCAGCCCCAGAAGCCCACGCUAUCGCUUUUCGGAAACCAAAACCAACCUGCGGCUCAGCAAGUGCCGCCCCCUUCGACGCUGUCAAACACCGUGGUCCCCGGAGUCAUAGUGGAUAUCAGCAACCUUUUACCGACUACGAAAUUUGAGAGCUGCACCGGCGACAUCAAGGCCGAGCUGGAACGCUUCGACAAUGCCGUUCUUGCGCAGAUCCAGAUGUGCAAUGAGAUUGCCAAUAUGAUCCCCAGCAUUGCGGCACAGGGCGAGACCAUCCCCAACGACGUGGAGUUUGUGCAGGGAAAAUUGGAGACGAUGCAGCACGCUCUCGAGAACGAUGCAGGCGACAUCGACCAGUUGCGCGGGCUCGUGGCGCGGGAUGCGGCGGAGGCCCAGGUUGCUUUCCGUGCGAUUGACACGCUGAAAUUACCCCUGCAGUUCCAGUCCGCCGGAGGUCCCGGCUGGUGGUCCGUUCAAGACCAGAAGAUGUCCGACCGCCAGUCGCUGCGGUCCAGCCGGAAAAACACCUUGGCCCUGCCCGACGAUGUCGAAGCCGAUCCGUCCACGGCCACCGCUAUCAACGGCGUUCCUGUCAACCUGGUGGACUACUUCUCUCAGCGAUCCGACGACAUGGGCGGCGUUCUUGAUCAAUACACCCACAACCUGAAAGACAUCGAAGACCACCUUCAUGGCGUGGAAUCGACUCUUGAGCGACAGAUCCACGAGUUCUUGACAUCGCGAAGCCGGGACGGUUCCUCGGCCGGAGCGCCCAAGACGGUCCUCAGCGACUUGACGGCUGUCCUUGGCGAUGUGGAAGCCGGCAUUCUGGGAGUGGCCAGUCGUCUUGGCCAAGUGACCGAGCAAGCCCAAGAGGUCGUGCUGGGGCCACCCUCAGUUGAUGGGAGACUCGGACUGUGAGAUGGACAAAAUUGCCGCAUGAUUUCCUAGAUUUUCUGUACAUUAUGACUAUUCUUUUCCCCCGGGUACACAUGGCACCGUGGGAAUGGACGGUUGAUGUGAUUAAGCAUGAUUGAGGUCCGGCGUUCUGCGUGUUUAGAUUAGCCAGAUUAACUUGCGAUUGUCUAUUUCUUCC